AGGUAGCGAAGAGCAUCAAGCGGAUAAGCUCUGUCUAAUUUUCAGCUAAUUCCCCUUCAAUGCUGGUCGGACACGGACCAUACACCAUCCCCAAGUGGAUUUUUUUAUGUCUGUGGGUGACCCGAACUGUUGGACGAAUUGAAAUAUAUUUUAAUUUGGCAUCAUAUCUAAGCAGGAACGAAAGUAUUGAGAGUGGUAUCCGAGGUUAGCCAGUUGGCUAACUGGGAAGGUUGCCUAGCUAGCUACUGUUGAGAAAAUACGAAGCAGAGGGAGACCCCAGCGGCAAAAAGGGCCACCGACGUGAGCUGUAUCCUGAAGAGGAGCGCUCCGUUUUUCUGGACACAUCAAGAGGAGCCGGAGUCCAUUUUGCUGUGUUCUACUCUGAUAAUUUCGGAGAAUGCCAAGCCCUUCUCCUCCUCAGACAGCCUAGUGAAGGUCCAGGAGGUAGCAAGCUGGAUUUUGGAAAUGAACCAGGAUCUGCUGUCGGGGGGCAGCAGGCGGGGCCUGGGGGGCCGGCGAGGGGGCCCGGGGGCCCAGCGAGGUAACGCCUCCUCCUCGGCCCGGACGCCCCAGGGCCAGCAGCCUGGAGAGGAGGCCGACGAGGAGGAGCACAUGAACCGGGUAGUGGAGGACCAAGAACACCAGCAGUCCAGAGUCCAGCCUGCGGCCUCGGCGGGGGGGGAAGGAGUGGAAGAGCCGUGGACCUCCAGGCAGAAUGGGCCCCAGGGAGACGGGGAGGAGGAGGAUGGAGGAGUACCCAACGAGGUGAACGGAGGAGUGACUAAGGGCGGCCGGUGGAUGUGGGAGGCGGAGCGACGGCAACAGGGGGGGGAUGACGAGGAGGAGGAGGAAGAGGAGAAC